UUUAUUGCGAGUGAAAAAGUGAAAAUAAUGAAAAUGUUGCGCGACGAUAUUGUUAAAUUUUUUAUCGUGGCGUGUAAUUUUAAUAAUAAAAUAGUGAAGGGUCACUAUUUUAAGAAGAUAGCGCGUGACAAUGACGCGUCGAACUACGCAUUGUUCGACAAGUUCGCUAAGGAGUGCUCCAGCACAUUGCUAUGUGUUAUGCACAGGCUGGGGCACUGUAAUGGCAACGUGACGUUGGAAAAUAUAAUUCGACGUCACGUUGAAACGCGACAACAGAAUAAAGCGUUUUUUGAAAAUGAUGCGGGGGGUCAUAUAGCUGACUUCUUGCGUCAAAGAGAAGUUGUAAGACACGUAGCCAGGGUUGAGCCGCUACCGCCUCGUCGUGCGGCGCCUCUUGAGCGAAACUACGGGGCGAGACGACGACGCGCAGAAGAGGAGCUUCAAGGUGCCGUAGCAGCCCGAAGACCACGAAUUGAAAUCGCGGACUUAGUUGCGGAGCCACCAUCACCUCGAUACACCCCCGUCGGUGAAUCAUCAGAUGACGACGAGGAUACUCGAGAUAAUUUUGACAGAGUUCCAUCCUCAGCCGAUGAGGCUAUAUUUACUCCAGUGCAAGCAAACGAGACGGAGGAUGAAGAAGAAAGAGAGGAAAGAGCGACGCAGGAGGAGGAAGAGGAGGAAACCGAAGAAGAAGCAUUAAGAGAAGAUCAGGAGGGGGAUACAGACGAAGAUGAGGAAGAGAAGGAAGAGGAGACAGAAGAUCAAGAAGAAGAGGAAAAUGAAAUAGAAGAAGAAGAAGAAGAAGAGCAGGAAGCGAUGGAAGAUGAGGAAGAAGGAGAUGAAGAGGAAUCGGAUGAAGGCGGUGAAGUGGAGGAUAAUGAAGAGGGGGCGGAAAUAGAAAAUGACGCCGAGGAAAGAGAAGUCAGAGUUGCUUCGCCAGAGUAUGAUGUUCAAACUGGCGCUGGACUUGCUGAAGCUGUAAUUGGAAGAAACGCUAGUGGGGAAGAAUUUCUCCACAAUACUGCGGAGAAUGUAGCCGACCAAAGACCUCAACAGCAGCAACAGCGGUCGCAGCAACCACAGUCGCAACAUUCUCAGCAACAGGAGCAAGACCCACAAUCGCAGCAGCAGCAGUCGCAGCAACAACAACAUGGGGUUGGUGAUAGAUUUAAUUAUAUAGAGCUGCAGACGGAAAACGCGCGUAGAUUUAGGAAUUUUGCUAUACUCGGGAGAGAGGCGAGUUUCGCGAUACGUCCAGUGCCACAUGGUGCCGAUACCGUGCGUUGGCUAGAAAACGCGUUCCGCGAAAUCCAUGCGUACGCGAUAAGCUCAAGUGAACCGACGGAUUACGUAGGACUAUCUUUCAAUUCCGAAAGUUUGACGCUCGGAUCGGCGGGAUUGUCGUUUCGCCCGCCACGCGACUUGAUUUACACGGACAUAUGGGAACUCGUAAGUUCAGUAGCGCAAAGCAACGGCGGAAUUGAAGUCACGGAAACUUUUAACAUCAGGGUUUUCAAUGUCGCAGUACCGGUGGGGCGUGGAAGGGUAUCGAAUCCAUUGACGCGUGAGGAUGUCGUCAAACGAUCGAUAUUGGAAAUAGUAAAUGACGAUAAUUUAUGCUUUCCUCGUUCACUUGUAGCCGCGCGAAUCCACUGCGAACGUGGAAAUCUUCGGACGGGGCCGCGUCACGAAAUGUGGGAAGCCGUAAGAUUCCGACGUUCCUCGCUACAACGCGAUUUAGCGUUAAAAUUAACGAUGAACGCCGGUAUCGUGAUACCGGAGGAGGGAUGUGGGAUUUACGAAAUCCAGCAAUUCCAACAGUAUCUCGCCGCUGAAAAUCUGGCAAUAAUGGUUUACGGUUUUAAAGAUUUCGGACGCGGGGGGAACCUAAUCUACGAUGGGCGUACGAUACUCGCCUCACUAGAACGCGAACCGAAUCAUUGUUUAAAUAUUAUGUAUUAUGAGGGUAGACGCCAUUAUAAUACCAUUUUAAAUUUAAAAGCCGCUGCGGGUUCGCAAGGUGGAUAUUGCGUAGCGUGUAACGUUGGUUAUCGCCCCAUCAGAGGGCAUCGUUGCUCUAAAAGAUGCCCACGCUGCUACGCUAUACCCUCGUGUGAACAUCACGACGCGGAGAAAGUCAGGUGCGAUACGUGUAAUCGUACGUUCUUCGGAAAUUCAUGUUUCGAGCGUCAUCGUACCGAAAAAUCUUAUGAAGGAAAAUCAACUGUUUGCCAUUCGGUUAAAAUUUGUAACAAUUGUGGGCGAUUUAUAAAAUCAAGCUCGCGGCACGAAUGUAAUAGCGCCUAUUGUAAGAUAUGUCGUUCUCAGCAACCCGUGAAUCAUUUGUGUUUUAUGCAACCUCUUCGACGCAGAGUCGAAGCUGAAGACCCUGGAGAGGGUACGAGUGCUGCGGCGAUACGUGAAGAGGCGCAAAGAAACGCUAAUGACCUCGAGGGUGAGAACGACAAUGAAGUUAAGGGAGCUGUCGCAUUCGUGUUUUACGAUUUUGAAACGCGGCAGGACGAGACGUACGAAGGAACCGAGAACGUAAAGUUACACGUUCCGACUCUCUGCGUAGCACAGCAAAUUUGCGUUGCUUGCGUGGCUAUAGACGACAUGACGGUGCGAUGUCGCUGGUGCGGAACGCGCGAAUUUGUAUUUAAUAUCGACCCGGUAAAGCAGUUUAUAGAGUUCGUGACACGGCCAACAAAAUAUUUUAAAAGUAUUAUUUGUAUCGCUCACAACGCAAAGGCGUUCGACGCGCAAUUUAUUUUAAAAUAUCUAGUCGAAAAAUCGUUAAUAACGGAAAAGCCACGGAUAAUUCUGAACGGGACGAAGAUUAUCGUGAUGACGAUCGGUCAUACAAAAUUCAUCGACAGCGUUAAUUAUAUGCCGAUGCGAUUAUCUGAUCUACCUAAAGCUUUCGGGCUAAGGGAUACGGCAGAUAAAGGCAUUUUUCCGCAUUUAUUUAACACUGUGGAGAAUCAAUCGUAUGUCGGUCCAUUACCCGAGGCUUGAUUUUAUUCUCCCGAU